AAUACAUGAUGAUGUAUUUUAAAGCUCUUCUCAAACCCCCUGAGUUUUUGUGACUCCACUCCUAUAACCCCCAACCCCCCCCCCCCCCCCCCCCCCCAACCCACUACCACCACUUCCGGCCACCACUAUCGUCACCUCCACCGUCAAUCUACAAAUCUCAAUUGCAGAUAACUGUUGAUUUUGGAUCUCUAAUUGCAACUCAAAAGCACAAAUUCACUGAAAUUCUUCAAUCGAUUGUUUCAUCUCACUGAUAACUACUACAUUGUUGCUUAAGAAUAGUAGAUCAUGGAUCGCCGGAGUUGGCCCUGGAAGAAGAAAUCAUCCGAUAAGUCAGGUGCUGACAAGGCGAUUGCGGUAAUCGAGGGUUCUCAGGGUGACAAGGUGAAACAGGAUGGCUACAAAAAGCCGAAUUAUGUUCAGAUUUCGGUGGAUCAAUAUUCGCAUUUAACCGGAUUGGAGGAUCAAGUGAAGGCAUACGAAGAUCAAGUGAAUACGUAUGAAGAUAAAGUGAAGUCGUAUGAAAAUCAAGUGAAAUCUUUCGAAGAUCAAGUGAAAUCAUACGAUGAACAAGUGAAAAGAUACGAAGAUCAACAGUUAGUGUACGAAGAUCAGAUUAAGAAUUUAGAAGAUGAAGUUAAGGAAUUGAACGAACAGCUUUCCGAAGCGCAAUCGGAGAUCGUCACGCAGGAGAAUCUCGUCAAACAACACUCGAAAGUCGCUGAAGAAGCCGUAUCAGGUUGGGAGAAAGCGGAGGCAGAAGCUGCGACACUGAAGAACCAUCUAGAAUCCGUUACGCUGUUAAAACUAACCGCUGAAGAUCGCGCGUCACAUUUAGACGGUGCGUUAAAGGAAUGUAUGCGUCAAAUACGGAACUUAAAAGAAGAACACGAACAAACCGUGCACGACGUCGUUCUCGCAAAAACAAAACAAUUCGAAAAGAUGAAGCUCGAGUUCGACGCAAAAGUCGCAAAUUUAAACCAAGAACUUAAGCGAUCUGCUGCGGAAAACGCUGCAGUUUCACGAUCGUUACAAGAGCGUUCUAACAUGCUGAUGAAAAUAAGUGAAGAGAAAUCACAAGCGGAAGCAGAGAUCGAGAUUUUGAAAAGCAACAUCGAGUCAUGCGAGCGGGAAAUAAAUUCUCUUAAAUAUGAAUUACAUAUCGUCGCUAAAGAGUUGGAGAUUCGUAACGAAGAAAAGAAUAUGAGUGUACGGUCUGCUGAGGUGGCGAACAAGCAGCAUAUGGAAGGGGUGAAGAAAAUAGCGAAACUCGAAGCCGAGUGUCAACGACUACGCGGGCUCGUUAGAAAGAAGUUACCUGGGCCCGCUGCAUUGGCCCAAAUGAAACUGGAAGUUGAUAAUUUGGGCCGUGAGUACGGUGAAACACGAGUCAAACGGUCUCCGGUCAAACCCCCGACCCCGACCUCGGGUCCACAUAGUCCGCACUUUUCUUCGGUUUCCGACUUUUCUCUUGACAAUGUUCAAAGAUAUCAAAAGGAAAACGAUUUGCUGACGGAGCGGUUAUUGGCAAUGGAAGAAGAAACAAAUAUGUUGAAAGAAGCGUUGGCUAAACGUACUACCGAACUUCAAGCUUCUAGAAACGUCUGUGCGAAAACGGUUAGUAAACUUCAGAGUUUGGAAGGUCAACUGCAGUCAAACUCUCAGCUCAAAACCAGUCCAAGCGUGGCAUCGGUUUCGGAAGAAGGUAACGAUGAUGAUGUCAGCGUUGCGGGAUCGUGGGCUACCGCGUUAAUCUCCGAAUUAUCGCAUAACAAAAAAGAUAAAAGCAUCGAGAGCGUUCAAAGAUCUGAUAGUGCGAACCGUUUGGAGCUUAUGGAUGACUUCUUGGAGAUGGAGAAGUUGGCAUGUUCGUCGAAUGACUCAGCGGUUCCCAACGAAAAGACGGUUUCGGAUCCGUUUGAGAACCUUAAAUCGAAAAUAUCGGAUUUACUGAAUACGUUACCGAAAGAUUCAGAUCUGGAAAAACUUUACGAAGAAAUCAGCCGAGUUGUACAAGGUAACGUUGGCGAAAGAGAAAACGAAAACGAAAACGAAAACGAUGAAGAAACAACGCUGGCAAUAUCGCGAAUUUACGAUUUCGUGUUGGUUCUGAUGAAGGAAGCGAAACCGGUGGUGGGAACGUCUCUAGAAGAGAACGGAACGUUCGAGAAACUCGAAGAGUUUAAGUCGAUUGACGGAAACAAAAUAAAUCUAAACGAAUUUAUUAAUUGUGUUUCGGGUAUUCUCGGUAAAGCUAGCGAGCUUCGGUUCAGUUUCGCAGGGUACGAGAUUAACGAUGCGGAAGGAAGCAGUCCCGAUUGCAUAGACAAAGUCGCGUUACCCGAAAACAAGGUCGACUACGCAAACGGUUGUACGCAAUUUUCCGAUACGACUUCCGAUCCGGACAUACCGCAUGAUGGAAAUUCAGUCCCGACGUCUGAAUCAAACGUGUCGUUAGUGAAAUGCUCGUUGGAGGAGUUUGAGCAGAUGAAAAUGGAGAAAGAGAACAUGGUUACAGAACUUUCGAGAUGUAACGAGGAGCUGGAAACCGUUAGGUCAAAGUUGACUGAAACGGAACUUCAGUUAUCUGAAGCGAAGUCUCAGUUGACGGCUGCUCAGAAACUGAAUAGUUUGUCUGAAACACAGCUUAAGUGUAUGGCGGAGUCGUAUAAUUCGCUUGAAAACCGUUCGGGUGAGUUGCAGUCUCGGGUCAACCUUCUAGAGUCAAAGAUUGUAACGUUGGAGAAUGAGCUCGAAGAAGAGCGGAAGAAUUAUAAGGAUAGUGAAACUAAGUGUAAGGAUCUUCAAGAUCAAUUACAAAGGAUUGAAGCCUCUGUUGCUGUUGAUGAUGCCAAAAGUAACCAGGAGAAAGAGUUAGCAGAGAAGCUAGCAGUGUGUCAAGAAACAAUAUUUCUUCUAGGAAAACAGUUAAACGGCAUGCGUCCUCAGCCCGAAAUCACCGGAUCUCCGAUAAGUCAAACCUUUGCCGAAGAAGAAGUACAAGAAGAUGAAGAAGUAACAACUAGUAGCGGCAUGAAUCUACAAGCGGGAAAUGAGUCCCCUAUCGACAACCACCACUUUAGUCCUUCAGAUUCUGAAGCAAACAAUCUUUUACGGUCACCAAUCGCUUCAAAACACCGACCCACUAAAUCUGGAUCGUCUUCAUCGUCAUCUAAUCCGACACCGGAGAAGAACACUCGCGGGUUUAGCCGAUUCUUUUCAGCAAAAGCAAAGUGAACCGAACUGGCCGGGGUUGUGUAGAUACUAUGGAAAUGGUGGCAUUUCGUGAUUUGCGAGGUACAUUUUUGUAUUACAUGCCGGUGUUUGAUCUUGUUCUUGAUCGUGAUCGUGAUCUUCGUGUCGUAUAAAUGGUUAAGUUAGUGUAUUUUUAUUUUUUUGGUUUGUUUUGACUGAAAACAUGACAUAAGUUUUCAUAUGUUUUUUACUUACAACUGAUGUUGUGUUUGUUAGUACAAUGUUGUUAUAAGUAAAACAAAAACAAAAAAAGAGUGCAUUAUUCUAUUUAUGAGUUGCAUUUAUCUUUAUAUAAAUUUGAAUUUGUCUUGUUA